AUGAGCAAGAUGACUGAUCGAAAAACCGAGGGGCAUUAUACACCACCGACCUCAGAUACUAUUCAAACAAAGCCAUUUCCCAUUCGAGGUGAACGAGAAAAUUUUGUAAAUAAACCUCAUGUAAUAGCAAUGGUCGGCUUACCAGCACGUGGAAAAACAUAUAUAUCAAAAAAAUUAUGUAGAUACUUAAACUGGAUUGGUAUAAACACGAAGGUCUUCAAUUUAGGUGAAUAUCGACGACAUGCUACAACAGCAUACAAAUGUCAUGAUUUUUUUCGUCCUGAUAAUAUAAAAGCGAUGGCUAUAAGAACCCAGUGCGCUGUUGAUGCACUUAAUGAUGUUUGUCAUUGGCUGGAGAGCGGUGACGGCGAAGUUGCUGUUUUUGAUGCCACUAAUUCGACAACCGAAAGGAGACAAAUGAUUCAUGAUAUUGUUGUUGAAAAAAUGGGAUUUAAAUUGUUUUUUGUAGAGUCUAUUUGUGACGAUCCGGAAAUUGUUGAACAAAAUAUUAUGGAGGUAAAGGUAAGCAGUCCAGAUUAUGCAAAUAUGAAUAAAGAAGAAGUACUAGCGGAUUUUACGCUAAGAAUUGAACAUUAUCAGGAAAAAUACGAGGCACUAGAUGAGAGUAAAGAACCUAAUUUGUCAUUUAUGAAAAUAUACAAUACUGGAGAAAAGGUCCUGGUGUAUAAACAUGAGGGUCAUAUACAAAGUAGAAUAGUUUAUUACUUGAUGAAUAUUCACAUUGUGCCGCGCACUAUUUAUUUAACGAGGCACGGUGAGAGUAUGAUGAAUUUAGAGGGAAGAAUCGGAGGUGAUCCCGAUCUCAGUGAUCGAGGACGACAAUACAUCAAAGCACUUGCUGAAUAUAUUGAUGAACAGGAUAUACAAAAUUUACGUGUAUGGACUAGCUGGUUGAAGAGAACUAUUCAAACGGCUGCUGACGUUAAUGCUCCACAGGAAAGGUGGAAAGCUUUAAAUGAAAUUGAUGCUGGAAUAUGUGAAGAAAUGACUUAUGAAGAAAUAGCUAGUAAAUACCCAACAGAUUUUGCUGCACGGGACCAAAAUAAAUUUUCAUACCGUUAUCCAAGAGGUGAGAGUUAUGAAGAUUUAGUAGCUCGCCUUGAACCGGUGAUAAUGGAACUCGAGAGACAAGGAAAUGUUUUAGUUGUUACUCACCAAGCUGUUCUACGUUGUUUACUUGCUUAUUUUCUUGACAAGAACUCUGAAAAUAUAUCUCUUUUAGAUGAGUUACCAUACUUACAAGUACCUUUGCAUACGAUAUUAAAAUUAACACCAGUUGCAUAUGGUUGCAAAGUAGAGCGGAUUCGGUUACCGAUAGAUGCAGUGGAUACCCAUCGACCAAAACCAAAGGUAGAAGCUAAAUCUAAUGAAAUUGUUAAAAAAAAUGAUAAUUCAGUAGAUUAG